AACAUUGAUUGAUUCUUGAAUAAAAGAGAGUUGGAUGCGUGUGGAUCGAAACUGAAUGGGGAUGAGAUUGAUGUUAAUGGUGAACAAGCAAGGUCAGACUCGACUUGCACAGUAUUAUGAGCACCUCAUCAUCCAAGAAAGCCAAGCCCUUGAAGGCAAAAUCCUUCAUAAAUGCCUCGCCCGUAAUGACAACCAGUGUUCAUUUGUUGAGCACCGCAAUUACGGAAUUGUGUAUAGACGCUAUGCAUCUGUGUUUUUCUUGGUUGGAGUUGAUGUUGACGAGAGCGAGCUUGCUAUUUUGGAAUUUAUCCAUCUUUUAGUCGAAACAAUGGAUCGACACCCUGGCAAUGUGUGUGUAGCUAGAUAUGAUGUUUCAUUUAGAAAAAGUACAUUUUAUGCUGGAGGAAAUGGUCAUGAAUGGUUGCAUUGUGGAGACAAGCAAAGCAAAUAUUCUGUCUCCAAUCAGCUGCUGGAUAAAACUUCUUAAGAGAAAUAAAACAAGUAUUCCUGACUUGCAGGUGCUGAUGCAGAAAAGGAGUUCUGGCUAUUUGGAUUUUGGGAUUGAAUUCUUCUCGCCAACGGAGAAAUCAAUAGGCCCAGAUUUUGCCUUAUUCUGUUUUUGUUCGUUUUCUUUUUGUGCGUGAGGGUUUUUAACUUUUACGUUCUGAUUUGGAGCUUAGGGGUUUAUGAAGAAUGGAUUUUUAGGUACAGAGGCACUCAUGUUUUUAUUAUUUAAUCUUCUUUACGUCGGUUUUUAUAGUC